AUGACAACGUCCGAUCGACAUUAUACUAAGCGUAUCCUCGUAACUGGUGGUGCCGGUUUUAUUGGUUCCCAUGUGGUUAUUCAUUUGGUUAAGCGAUAUCCUGAGUACUAUAUCGUAAAUCUAGAUUCCUUGGACUAUUGUUCCUGUGUACGUAAUGUGCAUUCAACCAUUUCUCUGAGUAACAACGAGCAGAAUCACAGCCGUAAUGAUGUCACAAUCGACACUGACUUUGAUCAAGAAAAGGGUAUGGAGAAUGAAAACGAAGAUGACGUUGGUGAACGUCUCCGAGGAAGUUUCUGCGAACUUGGGGACGAGUGGCUAAGUGACGACUAUCUUGCUAUGUUACCUAAAAACUACAAGUUUAUUCAUGGAUGCAUCACAGGAGCAGAUCUUGUGAAUUACAUUCUUAAGACAGAGUCCAUUGACACUAUUAUGCACUUUGCAGCUCAGUCUCAUGUGGACAAUUCGUUUGGAAAUUCCAUCGACUUUAGUAAGACCAAUAUUCUUGGCACACACGUGCUGUUGGAGGCAGCAAGACUGCAUGGUGUUGAAAGGUUCAUUCAUGUAAGCACGGAUGAAGUUUAUGGAGAAGGAACACCUGGGUCAGCUCCGAUGACGGAGGACCAUGUACUUGAACCUACCAAUCCAUACGCAGCUACAAAAGCUGGUGCUGAGUUUCUUGUAAAGAGUUUCUAUCACUCGUUUGGACUCCCCUCCAUCAUCACGAGGAGUAACAACGUGUACGGGCCACAUCAGUACCCAGAAAAACUCAUCCCAAAGUUAGUAAACCAGAUCUUGCGCAAUCAACCAGUGACGAUCCAUGGCGACGGUAUGCACACUCGCAACUACUUGUACAUAUCCGAUGUUGUCGCAGCGUUUGACCUCAUUUUGCACCAAGGCGAAGUGGGAGAAGUCUACAACAUUGGCGGUGAGAAUGAACUCUCCAACAUGGAAGUCUCAAUGGAUCUGCUGGCUCUGAUGAAGCCACAGCUUUUGGAAAGUGAGAUGGCCAAGCUGAUCACACACGUCCAGGAUCGACCCUUCAAUGACCACCGGUACAUUAUUGAUGCUGCCAAAAUUCGUCGUCUGGGCUGGAAAGAGACAAUCUCUUGGCGCGAGGGUCUGCGCAAGACGGUCAAGUGGUUUUGUCGCUAUGGACAUCGUUUUAACAAUAUUGACCACGCGCUCGAGGCCCAUCCGAUCAAUUUCAAGAAGACAUACAAGCUCAGUCUAUCUUAA